AGAUUCUCUCCCCCUACAUAGUUUCCUAACGUCGGGGAUAUUACAAGGAGCUCAACUCGUCACUUGCUUUCGAGGAAGCAUCUCAGUCCCUGGGCAGCCUUCUCUCUGAGCUGCUCUCUCGGAGGGAGAAAGAUCAGCCGGUGACCUGGACACCUACCCAGCUGCCACGAGACCACACAUCCCUGGGCCUGGAUCGAGAGGACUUGGAUGGAGUGGAUCAUUACCCGUCAUUAGCACAGUACUCUGGACUGGGUCGUUAUGAGCUCUGAAUAUCCUUGUUGACUUAUUCGAGAUAUCCGUCUGCGCAGGGCUCCAUCAGUGAACGGGACGUAUUUUCCAGGCUUGUUAUGAUCUUGUGAUUUAUGUACACCUGCGACUGCUUCUUCAUGCGAAUCUUCUGGAUGAGACACGUGUAGGGAAGACAACAGUAGGUGUAAACAAGAGAUGGGGGCUGCCUUUAAGAGGUUCUGUGCGCGCUUCUGCUGUUGCUGUUGCUGUGACGAUGAUGAUGAAGAAGAGAAGCAGCCUAUCCUCAGUCAUGAUACUCUGGAAUAUUUUGAACGGGAGGCACAGAAGCGGCGCGACCAGGAGACCAACUUGUGGAGUGAGCCUGGCGACCCCAGCCACUCAGAGAGAGAUGAUGACCGCUCGCUCUACAACCUGCUCCAGACCAGGGCCAAGACCCGCAGGGGCUCCCAUGGUUACCGGCGUCUGAGUGUGGACAUUGAGGCCAUGAGGGACAUGCGCCGAGAGGUCAGAGAUAAAUGGAAGAUGAUCCUGGAGAACCUUGGUUUCAUGGCCGAGGCCGAGUCUUUGCUGACUGUGGCCACCAGCGCGUCAUUCGACCGCAUGCACAACGCCCCUGUGGCCCGCACGCUGCUGCACACGCUCCAUUCCGAGACGUCCAUCUUCAACAGCAGGGAAUCCCCACCAGAGAGAUACCUCUUCAUCCUAGAUCGUCUCAUAUACCUGGACGCCGCCGAGGACUUUGUGGCGAAGGCUCGACGCUUUUACCCCAAGCGAGACGAUGAUGACGAGGAAGACGAGGAGACCGCCAUCAACCUCCCGAUGCUUCUGGCCAGGGUGAACCGUGCCAUGAACGGAGGCGGGGAGGAUGACGAAAGGCUCGACGAGGAAGAUGGGAGCGGAAGAGAAGAGGAAGACAAGCCAUGAGAGCUGUGGCUUGUAAUUAGGAGUCAGAUGGCUGAACGGUUAGGGAAUCGGGCUAUCAAUCAGAAGGUUGCCGGUUCGAUUUCUAG